UUAGGAUAAAAAGCGUGAUUUAAAGCAGCGCAGGUUAGCUGGGGAAGGGGCGCUUUGUCACUGUCACAGUGGAGGGGUAGCGACUGGGGAGCGCUGAGGGCAGGGAGCACCUUCAGCCUGAGGGCGAAGUCCGGGUCGCGCUCCUGCCCCGUCCCUGAGAGCCCGCAGGGCGGCACCGGGAGCCGUGAGGGGCUCAGCUUGGUGGGUGUUGUUCCGCCUGUGACAAGGUGACAGCCAUCCAUCCCCUCAUGGCCGCGGCGGGCGGGCCCGGGCCCACCUGUGUGCUGGGCAUUGACCUGGGCACGACGUCGGUGAAGGCAGCGCUGGUGACAGGGACAGAGCGAGGGCUGGCGCUGGCACAGAGCUGCUCCAGGGAGACGCAGGCACACAGCGAUAGCCUGGGAGCUGCAGCGCAGGGAAUGGAGCAGGAUGUCCAGAAAAUCAUAAAAGCAUUGAAUGAAUGCCUUGCUGCUCUGCCUCAGCAGCAGCUUCAGCAAGUCACCCACAUUGGGAUUUCUGGACAAAUGCAUGGGGUUAUGUUUUGGAAAAGUGAUAAAGGGUGCAGGUGGUCAGAGGGUGGCCCAGGCCCUGCCUUUGAGGCAGACAGGGUCAGCCACCUGGUCACCUGGCAGGAUGGGCGCUGCAGCCCCACCUUCCUCUCCUCCCUUCCUCUGCCUCAGUCACAUGUGAGCCUGGCUACAGGAUUUGGAUGUGCCACAAUCUUUUGGUACUCAAAGAACAGUCCAGAUUUUCUGAAGGCUUAUGAUGCAGCUGGCACCAUCCAGGACUAUGUGGUGGCCAUGCUGUGUGACCUGAAGAAGCCACUGAUGUCUGUCCAGAAUGCUGCCAGCUGGGGAUAUUUUAACUGCAGGAACAAGAGCUGGAAUGCUGACAUACUGAAAAAAUCUGGCUUUCCUGUGCACUUGCUUCCAGAGGUGGGAGACCCUGGCAGUGUUGCAGGCAGGACAACCUGUGCAUGGCAUGGAAUACCCCAAGGAGCAAAAGUGGGAAUUGCCCUGGGAGAUUUCCAGUGCUCUGUUUAUUCCUGUCUGACUGACAGGACUGAUGCAGUUCUUAAUAUCAGCACCUCUGCUCAGCUGACCAUCUCAAUGCCCCUGGGUUUCCAGCCUCCAGAGGCACCAGAUCCUUCCUCAGCUGUCACUUAUUUUCCCUACUUCAAUGGUGACUACUUGGCAGUGGCAGCAUCACUCAAUGGAGGCAAUGUGCUUGCAACAUUUGUGGGAAUGGUGGCACAGUGGGCACAAGAGCUGGGAUUUCAGGUUCAGGAAUCUGCCAUCUACCCAAGGAUAAUCCAAGCAGCCUUGGCCCAAAAGCACAGCAAGCUCUCAAUCCACCCAACCAUCUUUGGAGAGAGACACCUUCCUGAGCUGCUGGCAUCAGUGAGCAGCAUUGGUGCCUCUGAGCUGUCCCUGGGCCAUGUCACCAGGGCCCUGUGCCGUGGCCUCGUGGAGAACCUGAGCUCCAUGUUCCCUGUGCAGCACCUGCAGGAGCUGGGGGUCAGCAGGGUCCUGGGCAGUGGCACUGCCCUUGCCAGGAACGAGGUGCUGAGGCAGGAAGUGGAGAGGAUUUUUCCAUUCCCUGUGGUUUAUGGGAAGGAUGUGGAUGCUGCUGUGGGGGCAGCUAUGGUGAUGUUCCAUAGUAAAUAAAGUCCUUAUUUGGAAUGGCCUGAUGCAGCUUUCUGGUUUUUUCCUGACACUAUAAUGUUUGUUUGUUUUUGGUUUUUUUUUACUUUAUUCCACAUGCACUCACUGCUUCUCCUGGGUCUGCACAUUUUGUUGCUCUGUCAUUUCCAUUUGUGAAAUGAGGAGUAAUUAUCACAUUAAAUUUAUCUGAGUGACUGGGAAAGAUCCAUUAACUUUCUGCAUAAAAAGACACUUCUUGUGAGGCUCAUUUUCCUGGUAGGAAAUAUGUUGGAAAGGGCUGGGAGAGAUGAGCUACUGUCUGUAACUUGGUCUGAUGCUUUUGUGCACUCCCUUAAA